CUGAAAAGUUCUCAGUUGCGGACAUCCAUUUAAAUUGUCUCUGUAUGGUGAUGGAAAUUUGCAUAUUUCAUGAGAGCAAAAGAGGAUGCAUAUCAUUCCAGUGGUCACUUUAUGCACUUCCUUCGGUGGUCAAUGACUUCAGUCAUGGGCUGUGCAAUUUGUCAGGCCGAUCUGUCCGGGAAUAUUUGGUUGCUGACCAAAUACCGCCUCCACUAUGUACUAUCAUAAAAUGCCACCGAAUGGUCACUUUAUCAUCCUGGGAGAUGGCCCUUCGCAGUGCAACAACUGCUCCCCGAAUGAAUGGUACAGGCUUGCUGUUUCAGUAAUAUGGUACCCGGUAACGGCAUAUUCCAGAACAGUUGUCACCCCAAUGAGUAUCAAUCACUGCUGGAAGAAUGAUUGA